GAGCGGUGUAGUGAGCAGUGAGCAGUGUAGUGAGCGGUGUAGUGAGCAGUGAGCGGUGUAGUGAGCGGUGUAGUGAGCAGUGAGCGGUGUAAUGAGCAGUGAGCGGUGUAAUGAGCGGUGUAGUGAGCAGUGAGCGGUGUAGUGAGCAGUGAGCGGUGUAGUGAGAGCUGCCUGGAAAUCAGAGCAUGUGUGUUAGUAUAACCUGAACAGACAAGCUGUCAGCUCUCGCUUUUCUCUGGACUGCUUUUGAGCCGGUACAUCUUGCGUGCCGACGCCUUUGAUUAGUAAUGAAUAAUAUUUUUGCAGGUUUUGGAUGACCUUCUGUUUCUCCCCAAUGCGAAGCGUGGUGCAUGAUGGUCCCUGGAAGAGCGUUAGUUAGCUGCUAGCUAGCUGAGUGCUGAGAUUGCGGUGAGGUACAGCCAGAGAAGGGACAGGCAGCUACUUGCUGGUCUUUGAUGAUCAGAUCGACGCGGAUGUAAGCCGACAUUUGUUAUUAUUUGGCCAGGACCAUGGUGGAGCUGACAUGUCUCACUGCGUAUUGGCCUCUCAUCAGAUUCCUGCUUCCUCUGGCUAUUACCAACAUAGCCAUCGAUUUUGGGGAACAGGCUCUGAACAGAGGUAUCGCGUCAGUAAAAGAGGACCGUGUGGAGAUGCUGGCCAGCUACGGUUUAGCCUACUCUCUUAUGAAGUUCUUCACCGGGCCCAUGAGUGACUUUAAGAGUGUUGGGCUGGUGCUGGUCCACAGCAAGAAGGACAGAAGGAAAGCAGUGCUAUGUAUGCUUGUGGCUGGUGUUAUAGCCAUGAUCCUCCAUGUUCUCAUAGCUUACACAGAUCUAGGAUAUUACAUCAUCAACAAACUCCACCAUGUGGACGAAUCUGUUGGCAACAAGACGCGAAAGGCGUUUCUUUACCUUGCACUGUUCCCUUUGCUGGAUGCCAUGGCGUGGAUUCACGCUGGCAUCCUUCUAAAGCACAAAUACAGCCUGCUGGUGGGCUCUGCUUCCAUCUCUGACGUUGUAGCUCAGAUCAUGUUUGUGGCAAUCCUGCUCCACAGCAACCUGGAGUGUGUCCAACCCUUGCUCAUUCCAAUCCUGUCUUUGUACAUGGGAGCAAUGGUGCGCUUUUGCAUUGUGGGACUGGGCUACUACUGCAACAUUCAUGACCGCUUUCCCGACUCCAACAGCCAGGACAUGGGGGGAGAUACCACCGUUAGGAAGAUGCUGAGCUUCUGGUGGCCGCUGGCACUCAUAUUGGCCACUCAGAGGAUCAGCAGACCGAUCGUCAACCUGUUUGUGUCACGAGAUCUCAAAGGCAGUGCUGCUUCCACAGAGGCUGUAGCAGUGCUCACAGCCGCGUACCCAGUGGGACACAUGCCCUAUGGUUGGCUAACCGAGCUACGGGCUGUCUAUCCAGCCUUCGACAAGAAUAACUCAAACAACAAGUUAGCUGCUGGUGCUGGAGUGACCAAAUCCCAUAUCAAGCGGUUCACCUUGGCCUGCUUUACCCUGUCUAUAAUGCUGUGCUUCCUAGUGUUCUGGACCCCUGGUGUGUCGGAGCUGAUCCUGGUGAAUGUAAUUGGGGUGGAUGCGAAUUUCGCUCAGCUCUGCAUUGUUCCUCUCCGGAUAUUCUCCUUCUUCCCUGUUCCAGUGACCAUUCGAGCUCAUCUGACAGGCUGGUUGAUGACUCUGAAGAAGACGUUUGUGCUGGCCCCUAGCUCUGUGCUGAGGAUAGUCGUGCUUAUCACUACUCUCAUAGUGCUUCCCUAUAUAGGGGUACAUGGUGCUACAUUAGGAGUGAGCUCACUACUGGCCGGCUUCCUCGGAGAAUCCGUGAUGGUAGCUGUGUGUGCAUGCUACGUGUAUCGACAGCAGACUAAGAAUUCAGGCACAGAGUUAGCCAUACAGGUGGACGACUCUGCCCCGAUGAGUGACGGCAUAUCCACAACUGGGUUAGAUGACAUCCAAGAGGUGGAUGAGGAAGAAGGACAGGAAGAGGAACCGAAGGAGUGAAUUAAGAGAAAUGAAUGAAAAGAAAUACCUGAGGUGAAGCGAUGACCCCGGUUAAAACAAAGGGGAUUUUGCUGUGGAGUUUGUCUAUAAAAAAACUAAUACUGCAAACCCAUAGUCCUGAAAUGAAAUACUAGGACUGCAACCUGUGAGUGGGGCUUUGCUGCUCACACCUAGCCUGAACUGACGUAUCUGCUACAGCACUUUCUGCAACUGACAGAACCUUUUUUUUGCACUGAAGUCCUUCAGAGACUCCCCACCCAGCAGCCAAUAAUUAAAUGUUUGCUAAAUCAGCAGUACUGAAGACGGGAGGAGCUGGAAGAUGUUUUUGCUCUCUGCUUCACACCAGCUUGUCAAAAACAACACUGAAGUACAUCCAAUUGCACAGAGGGAGACAAUCUGGCACAAAUGCACAUUUACUGAACUUUGACACAGUGGAACAUGUUGUCUAUUACAAUAUGGGCCUUAAAAUGCACAAUGUCUCUUAUUGCACAAUGUCUGUUAACGCACAAUAGACUGUUGAUGUAUUACAGUGAUAUCUAAAAAUUUAGCUAUUCAGGGAAAUACACAAAGGAGGUGCAUAUGAUUUGCUUAAUUUUUUAUGCUGAACUUGUUCUAUCUGGUGUUCCGUGGUUACAGGGAGAUUGCAUGGAUUAUUUAUUUGGGUAUAUUUUUUUGUUUAAAACAAAAAACCCUUCUGCGGGAAAGAAAGUUUUCUAACAUCAGCUUAAACAGAAAUCUACAUAUUAAAAAUGCAGGACCGUGGAGAUUACAGGUUUAAUCGCCAAAAGCGUUUAGUUAAUAUUUUCUCUGAAGCCUAUUUUGAUAAAUCUUUAUAACUGUGCUUACAAUUCUUUGUAGUUUGGAAACAAUGCUUUAUAAUUUUUAUGAACUACACAAAUCCUCAUGAAGCUCCAAUAAAGUGUUAAAGUUCUUUUAUGGCUUAUAAAUGUGUCCCACAAAACCCCACAAAACAUCAGUACCAGGUACAAUCCACACCUACAUUUGGAAAGCGUAAUCUUUUAUUUCAGACACUAGAUGAAUAGAUGUGCUAUAUUUUCAAGUCAAGGAAUUAUUUGUAAUAUUUUUAAUGGAGCAUUACGAUUCAGUAUUACUGUCUUUAAAAUACUUACAAAGCAUUGUUACCAAAUUACAAAAUUUGUAAGCCUAAGUAUUAUGAAUAAUGAAUUAUUGGAUUAAACCAGUGUCAGAUCCCGGUAUGAUGGUGAAAUCUCACAGGAAAUGUUUCUGUUUUGCGUUCAGAAUCGAGUUUAAUUCCGUUUGGUCUCAGGCGUAACUAUAGUUCACAGCAACUUUUACACCCUUUACAAUCCAAAUAUCCUUGGUUCAUUUGUUCUUUGAUCAACUUCAGGAAUAACAUGGCGAAUUAAUUCCAAACUCAUGGAAUGUCAGGAAUUCCAAAUAUGUUAAUAUUCUUUGCAGGGAUGUGUGUGUCAGCCUAGGAAAAACACUUCACAUGAUAAUUUUUUUAAAAUAUUCUACUAUGUAGAGUUCUACAGGCUUUUACUUUUUCAUGUAUCUCAACCACAAGUACAUUAUAUUCAUUUAAAGUCUGGUAAACUGAAUUUUUCAGGUUUUCCCAAAUCUGCACACAUGUACAGUACUGUCCAAAAGCCUUAGGCACAUUCAUGUAUUCCUCCUCAGUAACUGCUUUAUCCUGGUUAGGGUCACGUUGUGGGGGUGAGGCAGGAAUACACCCUGGACGGGAUGUCAGUCCAUCACAGGGCACCAUGCAUGCACGCACACACAACUAGCCAGCUAGCUAACAAUGUAGCCAGUCUAAAUACUGGUGUGUUUUUGGGAGGAAAGCCACAUGGACAUGGGGAGAAUUUUUGAAACUCCGCAGUAACAAGCUCAGGAUCGAACCAGGGACCCUGGAGCUGUGAGGCAGCAGUGCUACGCUGCGCCACCAUGCCGAUGUAUAAAUAUUAUGAUAAGCAAAAUGCUUUCAGCAAUAAUGAAACAAAAAUUUAAACCAAAUUAACGUGACCAGCCUUUACCGUUAAAACUACAGUGGAUAUAAAAAGUCUACACACUCCUGUUAAAAUGACGGUUUUGUGAAGUAAAAGAAUGAAACUAAGAUGUCAGAACUUAAUGUGCAAUUGUAAAGUAUACAAAUAAAGUGAAAAACAAUCAGAAACAUUUAUAGGGGAAAAAAUAAAAAACUUACAAUAAAAUAAGGUGCGUAAGUGUGCACACUCCUAAACUAAUACAUUGUUGAAGCAGCUUUUGAUAUUAUGACACCACUCAGUCUUUUUGCUUAAGAGUCUAUCAGCGUGGCACUUCUUGACUUGGCAGUAUUUUCCCACUCUUUCUUGCAAAAACAUUCUAAAUCCAUCAAAUUGUGAGGGCAUCUCCUGUGCACAGUCUGCUUCAGGUCAUCUCACAGACUUUUAGUUGGAUUCAGGUCUGGAUUCUGGCAAGGUCAUUCAAAAACAUUGAUCUGUUUUGGUUAAGCCAGUCCUUUGUUGAAUUGGAUGUAUGUUUUGGGCCAUUGUCUUGCUGAAAGGUGAAGUUCUUUUUCAUCUUCAGCUUACUAGAAGACACCUGAAAGUUUUGCACUAAAAUCAACUGGUAUUUGUAGCUAUUCAUGAUUCCCUCCACCUUGAUAAAAGCCCCAGUUCUGGCUGAUGAAAAGCAGCAGUAAAGCAUGAUGCUGCCACCACCAUGCUUCAUCGUGGGUGUGGUGGUCUUUUUUUUUUUUUUUUUUUCUUUGCACCAAACAUACCUUUUGGAAUUGUUCUCAUCAGACCAUAACACAUUUUGCCACAUGGUUUCGGGUGAUUUAGUGGAUGUUUUUUGUGAGAAAGGGCUUCCGUCUAGCCACCCUACCACAUAACCCAGACGUGAAGAAUGUGAGAUUGUUGUCACAUGCAGAGAGUAAUCAGAUAUUCCUGAAGCUUCUUUAAUAUUGCCAUAGGUGUCUUGGCAGCCUCCCUGGUAAGUUUUUUUUCUUAUCCUUUUGUAAAUUUUGGAGGGACGUCCUGCUCUUGGUGAUGUCACUGUGGUGCUCCAUUUUCUCCAUGGCCUUUACGGUGUUCUGUGGAAAUUUUUUUAGACCCCUCUCCUGAGUGAUUCCUUUCGACAUGAGACCCUGUACAGGCUUUGUCAGCACUUUGCGGACCAUGGCUUCAGCAGUCAGAUGAAACCAAGAAGAUGUGAAGAAAAUCCUACAGAAACAGCUGGUCUGUAUUUGGGGUUAAUCAGAAUAAUUUCAUUUAUGACAGCUGUAUGAUCAUCACUUUUGAACAUGAGAUUGAAUGUGAUUGGUUCAUUCUGAACACAGCCACGUCCCCAAUUAUAAAAGGGUGUGCACACUUAUGCAACCGGGUUAUUGAAACUUUUUUUUUUUAUAUUUACUAUUUUUCCCUAAUAUGUUUCUGAUUGUUUUUCACUCAAUUUUUAUACGUUGUAAUUUCACAUUGAGGGUAGGAAAGGUUCUGACAUGAUUUUUUUUUCAUCACAGAAACCUGCCAUUUUAACAAGGGUGUGUAGACUUUUUAUAUCCACUGUACAUCAACUCUCUGUACUUUGUUAUGAGCAAAUCGUCUGGUAUGUCAUUCCAGGCGUCUUGGAGAGUUUGCCACAAGCGUUGUGCACACUUUGAGUCUCCUGCUUGUGUCUCUGCAGGUUCUAGGCAGCUUCAAAAGUCAUGCAUUACUUAAUGUAAGAUUUUUUAAACCAGAAAAAGUGAAAUUUUUGGAAAUGUUUGAAAAUGUAAAAUUUGCUGACCCACCGUAGCAGAUGACAAAUAUCUAAGACAGUCUGAAGAAUGUCUUCAGUGUGGUUUAUCUCCUUUUACAUCACAUAUAUAUCAAGUUCAUGUAUAACUUCACAACUGAAUAACAAGGCUGAAGGUUUACUUUAAUCAGCUUUUACAUUUUAAUUAUAGUCCUCUCUCUCUACAGUUUUUUAGCUUUAAUAACUUGUAUAUAUUCUCAGCCUUUUGCAAUCUAUAUCUUACUGAGCUGAACCCUUACUCACAUGGUCAGGGUUCGAACUCUGUAGUGUAAAAAACUGCUUGUAAUUAAACACUAGGGGAAUUCAGUAUUGACAGGAGCCCAGUGCAUACUGCUUAUUUUCGAGGCAUUUGUAGAGGAAAAGGUCAGUAAACUGUACAUUUACUUUAACUGCCAACAUCAGGGUAGUGCAAAUGGGUCAGUAAAAUAUUUUAAAUUGUAUAUACAGUUUUGGACUUUUUUCAUUUGAACUGUCAUUACAAGCAUCUUUUACAGUAAAUAACAUCUUCAGCAAGCAUAUCUUCCACUUUAAAGGGAACAUACAGCUACAGUCAAACAUUGGUGCCAAUUAUUUCUGAAUAAUCACUCAGUGGGUGAUGCUCAGAUUUUUAACAUGUAAUUUAAUUUGUAGUAUUGAUGUGCAUAUAUUAGCAUUGAUUGAAAUGUUCAGAAAAUAUUGCUGUCAUAUUAUGAUUACAAUACACAGUUCAAUCAAAAGUGGGGCCAGUUAGUAGUUGCAUGUUUAUUUUGCAUCAUCUAUAUGAACAAGUUAUAUUAAUUAACAAAGUUACCUGCUGACUUUUAUUGCACUAUUGCAAAGUCACUAUGCUGUUUUUUUUUUUUCCAAAUAAAAAUCUGCCUAAAGGUCUGUUUAUUUGCAGUUAAUAGUUCAUAUAUUAACUUAAAAUGUAAACAUUAUUCUUCAACAUCACAAAAACAUAGUCUUCAACA